AGCCGGCACACAGGUAGCUGGGCAUGGCUGGCGCAGGUGGCGAGGAGAGGGUCUUCAGCGGCCGGCGUUAUUCUCUGAAGUGUCGUGAUGUCGGUGUUGCACACGGUCCGCUGGUGAUCUGUGGUGCCGGCUGGCCGCUUACGCGGUGUUUGUUGCAGCGGGAUGUCUGUGUCGGCGCCGGCGAGCUGGUCCAAGUCUCAGAACCCGUACCGAACGACGCCGGCACGGCGGCAGCGGCGCCACCUGGUCAGCCUGCGCGAUGUCAGGUCUCAGGCGGCGUUCGGCAGCGGCGGCACGCCCUCAAUGUCGGCCUCUCCGCCGUCGGGCGCCGCCACUCCCCUCUGCCGGCGGGCCCGCGAACUGUCCGACAUCGACCCCAAAUACGUCUCGCAGAGCGGGCUGUGCCUGUCGUCGGACAUGGAGACGUCCCGCGGCAGCAUCCGGAUCCAGCACCUGACCGGCACGCGGCCUCCGGUCGGCGAACCGCGCUUCCCCAAGCUGGAGGAGUGCGCCCACUUCCACUACGAGGUCGUCGAGCUGGGUCCGCUUCUGGUGCAGCUGUACGACGAGGAGCUCAAGUCGGUGUCGCACGCGUCGGACGAGGAGGCGGCCAGCUACCUCUCCCUCCAGGUGACGUCGUUCGGCCGCUCGUGGGUGCUGCGCCGCAGCUAUGACAACCUGCGGCUGCUCGACUCGCAGCUGCACAAGUGCAUCUACGACCGCAAGUACUCGUGCCUGCCGGAGCUGCCGCUGGAGGAGAACCUGGAGCCGCUCGAUGACAGCCUCGAGGUGGAGGAAGCACCUCUGACCCCGUGA